AUGGUUCGAAAGACAGAGACAGGCAAGCCUUUUGGAAGGACUGCGGGGUCCCUCAACGCCCCAAUCGCGGCCUUCACCAUGGCAUUUGUCCUUCUCUCGUACUGCGUCAGCUCCAUCCAUUCUGCUCGCCGUGAGGCCGCACAAUCCCUGCCGGCUACGACUGCAAGAGUCCCCGCGGACAAGUCUGGCCAAUCAUGGGUGCAGCAGGCACUCCAGGAGGCCGAACAACAGAAGGAGUCGAAAUAA